CCUUGUCCGCUCCCUGGACGGUAUAAAUACCACUCUGGCUCUUCCUGCUCCUCCCCCACUCCUUCCUACUGCCCUCCCUUCUUCCUCUUCCUCCUCGGAGGAAGACCUUCUCUCUCUCUCUCUCUCUCUCUCUCUCUCUCUCUGCACUGCCCUAGGGGAACCAGAGAUUCAGGGUGUGUUAAUAGAAAGAUAACGAUGGGUCGUGGAGUGAGCAGUGGAGGUGGACAGAGUUCUCUCGGUUAUCUGUUUGGAAGUGGUGAAUCACCCAAGCCUGCCCCAAACCAUGCCCAACCUGUCCAGAAACCCAACUCAGUUGUAGCCAAUGGACCCACCCCGAAACCAACUGCUUCUGUUCCACAAUUGGACAGCGUGAAUCAGAUUCCUGCUGGGAUUCAUUCAAAUCAUUCUAGCAAUUAUUACCGUGCAGAUGGCCAAAACAGUGGAAACUUCAUAACGGAUCGGCCUUCCACAAAAGUUCACGCGGCUCCCGGUGGUGGAUCCUCUCUGGGAUACCUUUUUGGUGGGAGCGGCAACUAGGGCAUGCCUUGGUUAUAUAAUCAUGUUGGAGGUGCUUGUCUUUCAGUAAAACGCGUUCCAGUUUGGUUUUAUUCUCAAGACUGUUUAAUCAUGUAAUAUAGAAGCAACACUGAACUGCGCUUGUGUUUGGGUUUGUUGUUAGAGAACCCCUGAUAAUGUGUUCUCUUCGACGAGUUGUUUCUAUCUGAUGCAAAUUCCUGGAAGGACUGGUCUGCCAUGUGUCUUAAAUUACCAUAUCUAUCUCAAUGUUUACCUGGAAAAUCUCU